AUGCUGGGGAAAAUUCCGCUAUUUCUUGCCGUCCAGGGCCAUGUAACUAUUCGAGGCGGCGGGCUAGUCAUCGGAGGUCGGUACUCCGUGACUUGCGACGGGGGCCUCACGAAAAUAAGCCAGGUUGACGCAAAAACAACUGCGGCGUCGACGUCCACCGCUCAGGCGAGUCAGCAACUGGCCGCCAGUCAGGCAGGUGGAAACCAGACAUUGGCUUCAGUGGAUGACGGCCGCUUGUUGGAGGUAGGCGAGGGUCAGGUGGUUGCGCAGCGAAUAAAGACGAGUGGUCUAUCACUUCAGUCCUCGUCGGAUUGGCUGUUGUAUUCGCUGGACACAUUUGAAGGGGGAAGUGCGUGGAGUCUGAAGUCAUUGAGUACUUGUGGUUCCAUGGACGUGUUUCUGGGCGGCGCCUGCUUGCUGGGGUCCUCGGACAUGGUUAGCCGGACGUUCGAGGACUUGCCAGCGCAUUCCGCCGCCAAGGUCACGGGCAGGUUGCACCUGUUUGACAGCUGGGAAGGCGAGAGCUGGUCCCUCGCGGCAGAUGACGUCGUGCGCUUCACGACCAGCCACCGCUGGUGCACCGGCUACCAGUCUACCUGCAAGACACAAUCACUGAACGUCUGCGGUAACGAACAGGGCGACAAGCUAAGCCAGCGAUUCUCCAUGACCUGGCCGCAUAGCAACACUGCCCUCACACUCACCGCCACCACCACUCUCGGGACCAAAGAUCGUUGCGACGCUAGCUGGGGCUUAGAUGACAUCGCCCUCUAUCUCAAACCUGUCUGA